AGUCAGUAUUCGAUGUUGAAUAAGACACUGUUCUGUGCUGCUAGUUUGCAACCGAAAUUUUGUUAUUUACCUACAAAAACUUGUGUUGGUCGUCCUCCCCCAUCACCAGGACACAAUGACGAAAGUUAUGCAUUUCUGUUGCCUCCCCCACUACAGCAAACUCAAAUAGCGACAUCUCAACAUACGAUACCUCAAAUAACCAUAUCCGAUACUCCAACAUCUUUAUCUAGGGCAGUUUCGGAGCAACCUUUGGAUACUACUAAUGAUUCAAGGAACAAUUCCAGAAGAGCAUCAGCAAUUAUACAAGCUUUGAGACGACCGUCACAAGCCAUUGCACUAUCUGCUGCUCAGGCUAUAAUGAAUCAAAGGCGGUAUAUAAUGGGACUAUUCAAUGAUUCUUCUGAAACAUCUAAAAAAGAAGAAUUGGAUUCAAAAGAACUGGGAAAAAUAAAAAGAAAUCGAAGAAUUGGAGAAGAUGCCCUAUCCAUCAUACUAUCAGCUCUAUAUGCAAAGCUAGUUGUGGUGCUGGGUAUCGCAUUUCCUGUAAUCGAAGUUAUCUCCACUGAGAGACCUUAUUUCUACCAGAGUUUUUACAUUUAUCUUUACCUUGGAAGUAUUGUCUUCGUUACAUAUAUGUAUGCUACUUUGGUUAAGGAAAAAGCUUUGGUAGAGAUGAUUAACAGCUAUAACAAUGAAAAAUUAAAUGCUAUUAGAACUCCCAACAAAAUAGUUCCAAAAUAUGGAAGUUUUUAUUUGAGACUAGGAGCAAUUGCUUUCGGUAUUGGAAGUAUGGUCUACUCAGGUUUAGAAUUUGGUCGAUAUUUCGAGCUCAAGAAUAAUCCUGAAUGCAAUUCAAAUAUCCUUCAAGCCCUAACUCCUGUUACUCGGAUGGUCCUUACGUUAGUUCAAGUUCAGUUUAUAUUUCUAAACAGUAAGGAUAUUGACUUUAAUAAGCACAAACUUGUAGCCAGAUUCGGUAUAAUGCAUAUGAUAGCUACUAACUUAUCGGAAUGGUUGUAUGUUCUGGUUGAGGAGACCAAACACGAAAUUGUUCAUUUAUCAGAACAUCGAAAUACAGGUAAUAUUUCGCUUAACAAAAAAUUCUGCCAAGAGGGACUUGUGAUGAGCUCGUUAGUGGCCAAUGCCAGUCCUUUUUUAUUCCCCUGUACCAUUGAAUACAGUCUAAUCUGUGCCGUAAUACUCUUUGAAAUGUGGAAAAGAGUCAAGAUGACCGAAAAAGGAAAAGACGGAGAAAAGGAUAAAAAUGUCCGGUUUGAUACGGGGAACCAAAAAGUUGCAACGCAUUUUCAGUUUAAUCAGUAUGGUGGUAAAGUAGUUAACUCAAAUCAUCAUUUUACAAUUGAUUGCUCCAAUGCUCAUAAGGGGCUAUUUGCAGGGAUAUUGGUUAUUGUUUUAACUAUAAUAUCGCUUAUAAUGUUCUUCGUAUUUACAAAUACUCCAAGACACAGUGAAAACGUGGCAAUAUUUGAAGUAAAUAUUGUAGAGUUAAUUUUGUACAUUGUAACCAGUAUUGCUGCACUCAUCGCAGCGGUGAAAAUGAGAAAUUUAAAAUACGACCGUAAAAUUGGACACGAAGGAAACAGUACAGGCAUUGGUCUAGAUUGCAUCUUACUUGUAGUUGCCCAAACUGGAAUGUUUAUUUACUGCGUUUUUUCCGUCAUAGGCUGCUGUUUUACCGUAGGUAAUAACAAUGAAUUGGAAUUGGCAACAGAAAUUUUUUCGUUCAUACAGACUUGCAUUCAGACCAUCUUCGUACUAGAUGCCUGGUGGCGCCGAUGUAAAAACAUUGAACAAGUUCGACUCAAACCGGGAAAGGAGUUGAUCACAUUUUUGAUUAUUGCUAAUAUGGCUAUGUGGGCUAUCAAUACAUUGGAGAAGAAUAGGGCAGAGUUUAUGCCAAAUCAUCUGCAGUUCUUUGGUGAUUGGGCUUGGACGAUUAUUACACAUGUUUCUAUGCCUUUAGCUAUAUUUUAUCGAUUCCACUCGACUAUAUGUCUAUUCGAAAUUUGGAAAACAGCUUAUAAAAUAAAAACUAAAUACGAUACAGCUUUUCCUUUGGUGUAAAUAAAAUAAAUUAAAAUAAAA